GUCGUCGUUGGUUCGCUCCAGCUGUGUGAACGCACACAUUCGUCACCGUUAACGACUGUUCGUAGAAAAUGGCGUCAAACGAUUAUUCCCAACCGUCCGCGCAGGGCUAUGGGUCGUAUGGUGGAGGAGGAGGAGGAGGAGGAGGAGGAGGUGGAAACCAGGGCUAUAGUCAGUCCUCUGGUCAGAGUUACAGCCAGCAGGGCUACGGAGGCUACAACCAAGACUCAGACGGCGGCUCUGGCUCCUACAGCCAGGGAGGAUACGGCAGCUAUGGCCAACCACAGUCAGGAGGUUAUGGAGCUCCACCCUCUCACCAGGGUGGUGGAGGUUAUAGUCACUCCAGUCAGUCCUACAGCUCUGGAGGUUACAGCAGCACUAACCAGCCGCCCAACAUGAGCUACAACCAGCAGUCAUCUUUCUCUGGUUACAGUCAGCAGCAGCAGCCGCCGCCGUCCUCUUUAUCCUCUGCAGGCUAUGAAGAAAACUCGCAGCCUCCGGGUUAUAACCAGCUGCCGAGCGGUGGACAGAGCGGGUGUGGUUAUGGCAGCGGCGGAGGUCAGAGUGGUGGUUAUAGUGGGAGCCACCCACAACCGUCCCAACGUGGAGGAGGAGGUCACUACAGUCAGCCCCCGAGCUACAACGCCCCUCCUCCUCAGAGCUACAGUCAGCAGAGCCAGUACGGCCAAGAUGGAGGAUAUGGAGGUGACAGCCCUCCGAUGAGUGGAGGAGGAGGGUAUGGUGACCCUGAUGAAGGAUAUGGCGGUCAGGAUGUCCGUGGAGGCCGGGGUCGUGGCGGUGGUGGAUUUGGAGGUCGUGGCGGCGGCGGCGGCGGCUAUGAUCGUGGUUUUGACAGAGGUGGACGUGGUGGACCAAGAGGACGAGGAGGAAUGGGAAUGGCCGAUCGAGGAGGAUUCAAUAAGUUUGGUGGACCAAGAGAUCCAGAACAUGGACCUGGAGGACCUGGAGGCUUCAUGCAGGACCAGGAUAACUCCGAUAACAACACCAUCUUUGUACAAGGCCUGGGCGACGACUACACUGUGGAAUCAGUGGCUGACUUUUUUAAGCAGAUUGGGAUCAUUAAGGUCAACAAGAAAACAGGUCUUCCCAUGAUCAACCUGUACACAGACAGAGAGACGGGAAAGCUGAAAGGGGAGGCCACGGUUUCCUUUGACGACCCUCCUUCAGCCAAAGCUGCCAUCGACUGGUUUGACGGUAAAGACUUCAAUGGAAACCCACUCAAAGUGUCCUUUGCCACCCGCAGAGCAGACUUUGGAGGACGGGGAGGCAUGAGGGGAGGUCGAGGACGAGGAGGCCCCAUGAGCCAUGGAGGAUUUGGAGGCGGUCGAGGUGGAGGUUUUCCAGGAGGCAACGGAGGAGGAGGAGCGGGAGGAGCAGGAGGAGCACAGCAGAGAGCUGGAGACUGGAAGUGCUCAAACCCCAACUGUGACAACCUGAACUUUUCCUGGCGUAACGAGUGUAACCAGUGCAAGGCCCCGAAACCGGAGGACGCAGGAGGGUUGAGCCCCAUGGACAGAGGAGGUUACGGAGGCGAGCGCAGAGGAGGCUUCGAUCGCGGCGGCUUCAGGGGCCGUGGUGGUGACCGUGGGGGCUUCAGAGGGGGACGAGGAGGCGACCGCGGAGGAUACGGCCCUGGUAAAAUGGACGCAAGGGGUGACCGCAGGCAGGAGCGUCGAGGUCGUCCGUACUAAACCAUCAUUCAAGAACAAAACAAACUCGUCCUCAUAAUCACAUCCACACAGAGCCACUGUGUCACUGACCUCUUUCUUUUUUUCUUUCUUUCUUUCUUUCUUUCUUUCUUUCUUUCUUUCUUUCCACGUCUGUUCACACUCCAGUGAAGGUGUGGCAUCAUUUAAAAAACCAACUCAGCAUUAAAUUCCACCUGAAGAAAAACAAAGAGGCUGCAAUCAUCACAUAAUCACACAAUGAUUAUUUUUUUUUUACGUUUUUAUCUGUGAUCAAACAUUUGUCAAUGAAAAGUAAGUAAACAGUCUGUGGAUGUGAACAGCGCCACCUACUGACAACAUGACAUGGUUUUAUUUAUGUAACAUAUUAUUGUUUGUCACAGGUGCUCAGCCGCGGGCUGACAGACAGACAGACUGCCAGACAGGCAGACAGACGCUGCUGUUCUGGUUUGUAAAGACAAACAAAGGUGUGAGUGUUGAGCUUUUAUCAGGUUUCAUUCCUGUCAAAGACGAUUGUUAUUAACAAGUUCUUUUGAUUUACUUAUGAUUUAAAAACCUGUCUGUGGUGUAAAUGUCAGCAUCUCAGUGAGUUAAAUCCCAUAUUUGAUUUAAUAUUAAAAAAACCGAAUGUCAUAUGUAAA